ACUGGAGGUGUGUUUUGCUUUGUUACACCACUCGAAUUUUACGAAUAUUCUAUUUUUCCCACAAAGUUACGGACACUUUUAUCAACGACGAGAACUUACUGUUUAACUCGGUUAUCUUUAAAAUAAGCGAUGUCGCUAGCAAACCUAACAUGUAUGUUUAUGAUUAGGUGUUUUUUCUGAUCAUAAAGCAAAGCUCGAUGUCUCCGACAUCGAAUUUUAUAUAAAAGACAUAUCCGCAAUACCCUUUUAAUGUAACAACAUGUAUAUUGUUUGUGAAAUAGCUAGCAUGUCCUCGCGUCUAUAACGGUCGUCGGUCUAUUUCCUGUUACUUGGCUUGCCUAGCCUAGCUUAGCCUAGCUAAGAUAGUUAACAGUGGCUUGUGAGGCUUGCGCUCACCGAGCUAGCGGGGAAACUUGAAUUGCUUUCACUUUUCAGUUUGUGUGUGGUUCAGUUCAGGAAGGAGAGCGGUGUAACAUUUAAUGAGCUCUCGGAGCUAACCUAACGUAGCUGGUUGUGUUUAAGGCGAGUUAGGUUAGUUAUGUUAGCUGGGUUAGGUUAGGUAGGUUAGCUCUCCAGUCUAGCUGGGUAGCUAGAGCUGAUGGAUAACUCCACUCAUCUCUUAGAGCUGCUGAAGAACUACACUUAUCUUCUGGAAGACCGAAAAUGGACCUAAAGAAAGGCCGUUGACUUGCAUACAUCCUGUUGAAUGUGUCAGUUUGUGGACGGGCACAUCUGUAUUGCGUUUGCACUUGGCCGCAGUAGUUGACUACGUUUGCAGGUCUUGACUGAAGCUCAGUGUUUACGUUGUUUGCGGAUGUAAACAUUUCACGGCAAAUGUAAACAUUUCACAGCACUGCGACUGGAGCAACUGGGGUGCCUUUUCGAAGAGCUUUGCUAUCCAGAUAACUUUGCCGCGCGGAUUAUCCAGGAGCCGUCCCUGGACGCUCGUAGCAGGACCUCCUCCACCAUGCGCCUGUCUUCCUUCCUGGCUGUUUUUCGGCCUGCCCUGCCUCUCAUCCUCGGCCUUUCUUUGGGCUGUAGCCUCAGCCUGCUCAUGGUGUCCUGGACGCAGGGAGACAGUGAGGAGGUCUGCAGUGAUGACCUGAGUAAAGGGGGGCUGCUUCAGGGCAGUCACGCAGGAAAGCCCCCCGGAGUCAGUGGAGGGGAUGGGAACGAGGAUUUCCAACCACGCAUUGUUCCCUAUCACAAGGAUCCCAGCAAGCCACACAAGAAAGUACUCAGGACACGUUACAUCCACACAGAGCUUGGCAUCCGAGAGCGCCUCCUAGUGGGCAUUCUGAGCUCCCGCGCAACCCUUGGCACACUGGGUGUGGCGGUGAACCGCACGGUGGCGCACCGCUUCCACCGCACAUACUUCUUCACCGGCCUCCGAAGCGCCAAGGUGCCGCACGGAAUGUCUGUGGUUGCCCACGGCGAUGACCGGCCAGUCUGGCUCAUGUACGAGACGGUUCGCCACCUGCACCAGUACCACGGCAACGAGUACGACUGGUUCUACCUGGCGCAGGAUGACACAUACACGCAGGCAGAACGGGUGAUGGAGCUGGUGGGGCACCUGAGCGCCGGGCAGGACGCGUAUAUGGGGCGGGCGGAGGAGUUCAUCGGCGGCGAGGAGCGUGCACGCUACUGCCACGGCGGCUACGGCUACCUGCUGUCCCGGAGCCUGCUGGGCCGCCUGCAACCUCACCUGGACUCCUGCCGCAACGACAUUCUUAGCGUCAGGCCCGACGAAUGGCUCGGACGCUGCAUCAUCGACUACCUGGGUCUGAGCUGUGUGGAGAAGCACCAGGAGAUGACGUACCGUUACUUUGAGCUGCAGAAGAACGCGGACCCGGAGCGGGAGGACAGCCUCCAGUUCAGGAGGGCCUUCAGCGUGCACCCUGUCUCCGAGCCGAUGCUCAUGUACCGCCUGCACAAGCGUUACAGCCAGAUCGAGCUGGACUGGACCUAUGCUCAGAUCCAGCAGCUACAGGUCCAGAUCAGCAACCUGAGCGAGCUCACCCCGGACGGCAAAGCCGGCGCCACGUGGCCCAUCGGUGUGAACCCGCCCUUCCGGCCGCACACGCGCUUUGAGGUGAUCAGCUGGGAGUACUUCACAGAGGACCACGUGUACGCGUGUGCCGACGGCACCCCCAAGUGCGAGCUGCGUGGCGCCGAGCGGGCCGACGUGGGCUCGGUACUGGAGGUGGCCGUGGAGCGGCUCAACCAGCGGUAUCAGCCGCAGCUGCGCUUCCGCAAGCGGCGCCUCCUGAACGGCUACCGCCGCUUUGACCCCACACGUGGCAUGGAGUACCUGCUGGACCUGGCGCUGGACGCCUUCACGCAGAAGGGCCACAGCCAGGUGAUCGGCAAGCGCGUGGGCCUGCUCCGGCCCCUCAAUGCCAUCGAGAUCAUCCCCAUGCCCUACGUGACGGAGGCCACCAGGGUGCAGGUGAUCCUCCCGGUGACAGCGCGCGACCAGGACUUCAUAGGCAACUUCCUGGACGCGUACGCCAGCAAUGCCCUGGACGCGCGUGACAACGCCCUGCUCACGCUGCUGUUCGUGUAUGACCCAUUCGACGCGCAGCGCGUCAGCCAGACGGACGUGUUUGCCGGCACCAAGGCCAUGAUCAGCGAGGUGGAGAAGCGCUACAGCGACGUGAAGGUGCCGUGGAUCAGCGUGAAGACGGAGGUGCCCUCGCAGGUCAAGCUGAUGGACAUCAUCUCCAAGAAGCACCCGGUGGACACGCUCUUCUUUCUGGCCAGCGUGUGGACGGAGGUGAACGCCGACUUCCUCAACCGCUGCCGCAUGAACGCCAUCAGCAACUGGCAGGUCUUCUUCCCCAUCCACUUCCAGGAGUACAGCCCCACCCUGGUGUACCGCGACCAGCAGCCCUCUGCCUCUUCCUCCUCUUCCUCGCAGGCGUUGCGUGACGGCCGCUUCGACUGGCACGUCUUCGACGAGGCCUGCUUCUACAACGCCGACUACAUGGCCGCCCGCACCAAGAUGGCGGCCGACAUCUUGGACAACGAGGAGCUGCUGGAGAGCAUGGAUGUGUAUGACGUCUUUGUGCGCUACUCAGGCCUGCACGUGUUCCGCGCCGUGGAACCGGCGCUGGUGCAGAAGUACGUGCGGCGAGCGUGCAACCCCCGCUUCAGUGAAGACAUCUACCAUCGAUGCGUGCUGAGCAACUUGGACGGGCUGGCCUCUCGCUCUCACCUGGCCAUGGCGCUGUUCGAACAGGAACAGGCCAACAGCACCUAACGAACCUCUACUGGACGGACUUGCUACUGCUCAUUUGUAUACGGCGCGUGCGAUCCCGUGCUCCAGAUCGCUUAACAGUAAUAACGUCACGUUGGACGUAGACCUGUCUCUGUGAACUGGACUCGUUGAAUAUUACCUGGCCAUGUGACUGGCCUUACCUGACCAGAGUUAGUUAAAUGGUGAGAAACUAACUGUAGGUCCCUGAACUCGACCCAUGGAGCAUGACUCAGAGAAGUGAGAAGGCUUAUAGUUUCCUCCUUCAUGUGAACUUGACACUGAAUGGAGCUCAGCCUGUUACAGCGUUACAGAGUGACUCCCUCUCACUGAAAAGUACAAUGAACUUAAUUCUGCACAUAUGACUACUUCACCUGGUUGUAGAUGGCCGGGUUGCUGAAUUCUCAAUGAAAUUAACUGAAUUGUGACUUCAUUUUUUAAAUAAAUUCCUUUGCCUUACUGGUCCAACUUGAGUUAGGUGUCCCUAAUGCAGAGAAGCUUUAUAAAACAUGAUGUAAGUGCUAUGGAAGUACAUAUUAUUAUAUACUUGAUUAUAUACAGUAACCCUGUUGGUAUGUAAUCAAGUGUACACACUGUGCUAAAAUAAUACUAAUAAAAGACAUCAUACAUUAUCAGGAUAAACAAAGUUGUCACUUAAGAAAGAAUUAUUGUAAUUAAAAAAAAAAAAAAAACAAGAAAUGCAAACGCCAUCAUUUCGCAUCAGUCCAAAAGUCAUUGUAAGACACCAGCAAAACAUGCAGAAAAUGUGUGGGGAAAUGUUAGUGUUAAGUUAGAGUAUUGGAAUAUGCUUUGUUAAAAUAAUUGGUCUGGCAUCAAGUUAUACCAAAGAGAGAUGCUGCCACAAAACAGAAGGCGAGGUCUGAUUAAAACCAGAAGGGGGGCAGGGGACGAAACAGGAAGAAAUGAUCUAAAUUACUCAGCACGGUGCCAGUUUUUAAAGAUUGCACUCGGGUAACUUGCAACACACAUCGGUCAUAUAAAAACAUUUAAAUCAUCUUUUAACAAAGGACCUUAAAAGGGCAGUUCAGCACUUUGGCAUUAGUGUGUGGGUUAACCAUUAGGCUUGAUUGUAUGUUUGCUUGCGUUUCUGAAGGCUGAAAUGCUUGCUGUCAUUGUGCGAAAGCGAAUGAACAACGUUGUGCUGAAAGUGCUUCAGGAGGUUUAGUUUGGAAUUGUUUAUUCAGUUUGUGAAUAAUUAUGAGAACUUUCCAAACCUUUUCUCCAUCUGCCCUGAUUGAUUAGGGUUUACAGGAAUGCUGUUGUAAGAUGUGCCUUGCUCAAGAAUUCAGCGGCACUGCUCAGUGUGGAGCGCCCAGUAGGUCCAUGUGACAUUUCUCAACAGCAGUGACUAUUCAGUAGCCUUAACCACUGAUGCCCAAGCAGAUAUGUCAUAUGCAAGUGUAAUGAGAACGCCGCACUGUAAUGUUUAUAGAACGCUAAAUACUCUAGGUUGUUAAGAAUUCGUGUACUAACAUUUAUAUCACACUCUUGUCACUCAGAUAAGAAAUAGUGAUUAUAUGUAAUGGAGAAACUUCCAGAAUGUUGAACUGGCCCUUUAAGCUUCUGUUUCAACAGCACCACAAGCCCUUUGCCUCCUUUAUGUACAUGAUUGUAUGAGAUUUGAAUGACGUGUGCUGAAUACAUUUGUGUCAAAUAAAAAAAUGUGUUUGUGAAAAUAAGGCCUUUCAAUCAAAACACUGUAGACCUACACCUUUUUAUAUAUUGUACUUUCUGAAGUUACCCUAUCUGGAAUUGCAAAUCAUAAAAUGCAAUUAUUGGUACAUCUGAGCCUUUUUAAUAAAUGUUCUUGCUUUGGUUCUUGAGAUAAAGGUCGGAGGCCUCUCUUCUUCUCGUCUUCAGCUUGUUAGCGUUCACGAGGCCAGUUUAGCGUCCUGUGUUCUUUCACACAGGUCCCACAGUCCAAGCUAUUUUUAAAAUGAUAUUUAAGGUAACACAACAGGCAUUAUAUGACAUACUAGCAUUUAAAUUCACAUAAAAUCAAAACUUUUACUGACAGCCAGACUUGUCCCAGGCCAUGUGUCCUGCAGGAUUUGUCUCUGAGUCCCGAGCGAUGAUCUGUAAAGUUCAGAGGUGUAGUUGAGAGAUUCCUGUUCAGUCUGCCAACUUUCCAUCAAGAAUGGAAUGUGAGAAAUUUCUGCUCCCUCUUCUCUGACACUUUCACAGAGUCAGCAAGUCUGUCUCUCACAGCCAGGUGCAAACAUCUCGUGGUUCAGGCAUUGCAAAAUUGGGCGUUCUUUAACUAUGAUCUGUGUGAUUCAUGUGGUCAGUGAAUACCCCCGUCAGUUCCAGUAAAAAAAAAAAAAAAAAAGGUUUUUUUUGCAUCGGCCUCAUUGCUGCCAGACAUGGUAUUAGCUGUUAAUGUGAAGGGUGUGUGUUUUUGUUUUUUAUUUACCUCAUAACCAUCUCGACCCCUUGCAUUUAAUAUUACUAUGUAGUUUUGUUCCACCACCUUUUCCUGUAUUCACUUUUUUGCCAAAGUAAUUUUUUUGGUUUUUUUAUUUAUCUCCAUCCAAAAAAAUAAAUAAAAAUAGUUUGUACAAGUUGUAUAACAUUUACAGUGAAUUUUUAAUCCUGAUGAGAAAAGUUACUUUGAUCAUGUACUUACUAAAUUCCCCCCAAUAUUAGCUAAACCUCCUAGUUUCCUCACUGCUGGUUUAAACCUCAGAUGUUCCGUGUGCAGCUUCGUUCAGAGGCGGCCCGUUAAACGGGACUGGGGAGAUGUCACAGCAGGACUAGGAAUAAGUAAGACCGAGCUAGAAGCAGACAAGUUAAGGCUCAGGAGGCGGAGCGGGGCGGUCAGCGGGAGUCAGAGGACUCCCUUCAUGGAGCUGAUGGGGUCAGACACCUGCGUCCUCCGCGGCCGGAGACAAGGGGCCAUCUGUUCCAGAGCGCACACGAACCAGUACGUGACAAAAAGACACUGUUAGCCCACAGUGGUGUCCGUCAAUCCGAGCUAACUGCAUUUGUUGUGGAAGAUUUAAUAAAUCUGUCCUGGCAUCUGAAAAUGUGAAACAGUGGAAAAUUCAACAAUUCUGCGUGCACUUUGCAUAGACUGGAUGACACUGAACGUUGGUGAAAAAAUUAUCCCUAAUAAUGGGACAUGGACCAUUAAGAGAGAUCUUGCCCUUUACUCAGUGACAGUGGACAAAUAUCUUUGUAAUGUAACAGUGAACAUGUUUUUUCUUGAUUUUUAAACAAAACAUCUUACGAAGGAAAGAAUACAAUAUUAAAGUACCACAGAUGUACCACACACAGUUAAUACCCAUGUUUUCAAGUGCACUCUGGUAUCAACAUGCUACUUUAUAUAUGAAGUAUAUUGUGGCUUUUUUGGCUGAGCGAUAUGGAGUUUUAGUUGUAUCGUCUCACUUAGUCUUUUCACACGCAUUCGAAUAAAACACAACAGCCUCAGAAACGGGUCUCUUUAGCAAACUUUGGCGAGUGCUCGUUUAUUUACACGCACGCCGGGCCUCUGACCACAGCCAUGGUUCUCUCGUACUAGUUCCUCCGCUGAAAGUGGAACAAGGUGAUGCAGCAAAUGUACAACCGUACCCGUGAGAAAGGCAAUCAUAGUGGACCGUAGGAAACACUGGGUUUAAGAAAACAAAACAUUCAUUGACAAGGACUAGAAAACUCAAUACUUUAUGCACACCCAUUGCGUACAAAUGGCCCGACGCGAUGAGAUCAAUCUUUCCUUUGUCGGUAUUAAGAAAUAGGUCACAAAUUAAGCGCUCUAGACCUGACUGGCGCACUGCUGGUGGAAGUUGCCUUUUAAUGCAGAUGUGAGUUCCCUGUUUUAUCCGUAUUGGUUAGGAAGAGUCACCAUGGAAACGUGAGCUGGGGCAGGAGGAUGACUUCCACUCAGAGCCCAAGGCGGUCGUCACGGUGACUCCGCUAAACUAACACAGAGGAUUACUGACGUUGCCACGCAAAGCCACAAAGACAAGAGCAAGAACCGAACAGGCUAAAAGUUUCACAGUCCAAAGUGUUGCUGAUACUGAAGCAACUACCCCACAGGUUCCAGAGUGGUCUGUGAUGCGGUGGCUGCUGUACUCAUGGUGUCCAGUAGGGGGUGCUCGAGUCUUGAUGAAUGAGACGGCAACAGUGCGUGUCCUGGUGGAAAUCCACUGUGUGCUUCUAUUUUCAUACUAAAAUCACUACGUCUUUUAUAAAGACAAAACAUCAAUACAGAAGACUUAAAAAACAAACAAAAACAAACAAACAAACAAACAAACAAACAAACAAACA